AUGGAAGACAAAAUUCCUCAAUCCUUCAAAGUUCAGUGGUUGAACUCAACUUUAAAAUUUGUUAAAAAUGAUAACCAAAUGGUUAUGGAAUAUCCGCAAAUGCCUAUCGCACAAGUAGAAUACUUGCACAAUUUAAUAUGGCAGCGUCAAAAUAAUGUAGGUCUAGGAUUCAAGUCAUUAUAUGCACCUUUAUGGGAAGCUAUGAGCAUUUACAGUGUGAAAUAUCAAUUUGAAGUUUCUGCUACCAAAGCUGCAUCUGGUGAAUUGGGGCAAUUGAGAAUUCAAAAAAAACCAAAAACUACUAAUGAAGAAUGCGAUAAACCACCACUAGAAUCUAAUAUUCAGGAGAUGCAAAAAAGUACACAUCCAGUAUGUGCAGAACCAAUAAUACAGCAACAAAAUAAAAGUACAAAUCAAGAAUGUGCAAAAGUUGUUGAAAACAAGGAUAUUGAAAUGGUUAAAAUAAAACCAAAGAAACCCACAAAGGGUCAAAAAUACUAUGUGCAUGCCAGAAACAUAAUAGAUUCUAUAGCACCAGCAUUUUUCAAAACAACUUUUCAAAAAAUAUUAGAUUUCAUCAAUGAUGAAGCGAGUGCAAGUUUCAUAUUUUCAGAUUUAGCACCCAAUGAAGCAAAAUUCUUGGAAAAUUUCCUUGGUAUUUAUAAUAGGAGAACAUAUUUUGGAGUUUUUUUUUCACCACAUUGUAAUGAUUUGUUGAAUAAAAUAUGUAUAAGUUUUAAGGAGUUUGACAAGAACUCCAAAUUAUAUAUUUAUGUUGGCAAGACUGAUACAAAGACUUGUAAACGGGAAAUAAUAUUUUGUAAAGUACCGAGAUACACUAGAAAUACUUAUUCAAAGGCAAAAUUAUCAAAAAAUCCUAAUGGCCAGUUGAGCUCGGAAAAUGAAACGGAUAGUUCCAGCUGUAAGUUUCUAAAAGCACUGAUAAAAACAGAUUCUUCUACUAACUGUGAUCAUAAUACAAGUAAUUAUAUAUCGAAUUCCGAUUCAUGUACCAUAGACAAUACAGAUACAGAAACAGAUGACGAAUUCCAAUUCAAUGCCAGAGAUAAAGAAAACGUCAAAAAUAUGAUAUUAAAUAAUGUGAAUUUAAAAGAUGAACAAAACACAGCACUAGUCAAUUCUGAAAAAAGUUGUGAAAUUAAUGAGAUUAAUAAUAAAAGUAAAAUGAAAAGUGUUGUACAAGUAAGAGAAAUAUUUGAAUUCGAAGCAAAAAGUACAAAUAAUAUUGAUUUACAUAAUAGAAAUGAACUAGUAAAUAAAAGAAAAUGCCCUAAAACCAUAGACUUAAGAUCAAGUAAUGAAACAAAUGAAACUAAUAAUAUAUUUAUCAAAGCCAUAGACAAAAUAGAAAAAAAAGAAGUCAAAGAAAAAGUUCUUCCCGAAUCCAAAGAGAAAAAGAAAGUUGUAGAUAAUUCAAAUAUUAAUAAUCUAUUUAAAAAUAUAAAAGAAACUAAAAUAACAGUUAAUAACAAAAAAGAAAUGGAUAUAAUAGAUGAUAUUAGAGAGAAAAUGAGAUCAGUGUAUUUAACGGAUAAUAAUACUAAAAAAACACCACAGAUACCUAAACCCGCCAUUCCAUUUGCGAAAGCAGCAGAGAGCACAGAUAAUAAUAAAGUUAUAGACAAAAGUACAGACGCAAAUUUAAUACAGGGUUGUAGAAAACGUAAGUUAUUAGAAGCAAUGUCUACGCCGUUAGAGAGUGACAAAGGUCUAAGGAUGAUGCGUCUCAUGGGAUGGGAGGGCGGAGCGUUGGGGUUGCGGGGGGAAGGCAUCGUUGAACCCAUCAUACCAGCAUUACAUAUUAAGCCCGGCGCCGGCUUGGGUCACAUACCAGAAAAGCCCACACCUAAGCAAGACAAAUUAAGCAACCGUUUACAAUUACUGGACGCCAUAUUGAAUUUAAUAACAAAAGAUGUAAAUGCAUCAAUAAUAUCAUACAACAGUGAUAUAACUAUAAAAGAGAGGCGCUGCUUCAAUGAAAUAAUAAAUUUAGUUAACAUGAAAAAACCUUUGAAUUUAGUGAAUAAAUUUGAAGUUGGUUUUUGUCAAAAGAUUCGGGAGAAUAUGGCGCAUGCACAGUUUAAACUGGGUCUAGUUCAUGAUUCUAAUAGAAAAUUAAUCCUCAAUAAAAUAUUAAGUAAAGAAAUUAAAGGAAAAACGUCAAAAAAAGAAAAGAAAAAGACAACUGUAAUAACAAUACCAGAUUGCAAUACAGAAUCAACUAAUAUAAUAGAAUUGCCCACUGAAAAGACGCAGUUUACAAUAUUAAUACUAACAAAAGUAUUAGAAUUCCAGAAAGAGAAACGAAAUCUAGUUUUAAACAUCCAUUUUGAUUCGAUUUUAACAACAAUACACAAGAAGGUUUUGGAGGAAUUGUGUUCAAGCGUGAACAGUAAAGUGAUGAUGACGAAAAAACAAGUUUCAUACAAAAACUUAGUCGUUGAAUUAUAUUAUCAGAGUUUAGAUGACUCAUUUUUUGAUAUAACCUUUGGGAUAGAUUUAAAAUCCUUCACUAUACGCAAAGUUAAACAAAAUCCAGGAACUAAUGCAGCAAAUAAAUGGAAAAAAGCUGCUGAAACUCCAACAGCGGUUGAAACAAAAAAUAAUUUGAGUAACAUUUCAUGGACGGAACGAGAUCAAAGUGCUUUAGAUACCAAUAAUAAUUAUGGAUCCAAAGAGGUCAAUCUAAAUACAGGACAGUCAGAAGUUCCAAGUAAUUGCUCGAGAGUAAAAGAAAAUAAACCAUACAUCCUCCUCGUUCAACAAACAAAUAAUAAAUGCCAUAAAAAUAUAGCAACAUUUGUAACAACAAAAAUUGACAGCGAAACAGAGUUUCUGCCAUAUUUAAAAUGUCAUGGAGUCCAAGAUGGCUAUGCUGUAUACAGUUGCUAUGAAAAAAGAUCUUAUCUAUGGUUAAAGAAUCUUCUAACAGAUUACCAAGUCGUAGACUACAGAGGUAUGGAUGAGUUAUACGUGUUGAAAGUUGAAAUUAACGUUAAUAUUGAGUGUAAAAAAGUUUUAUCAUUAUUGGAAUUAUACAAUCCCGGCUUGAACUGUAGUGAUUGGGACAUUUUAUAUUUUAAUUUUUUUUAUGAUUCCAGUGAAUUUCUAGUUCAAUUAGACUUUAAUUCAUUCGAAUAUGUUAGAAAUAAUAAUUUUAUGUUGUCCGCUGGUGUAGAUGAUGUAAAAUUUACUAUAAAUAUAGAGUAUUACGGCAACGACCUAUUU